AUGAAGCUCUCGACGUCUUUAGUGAACCUCGCUGCUCGUGCGGCAAGUAUUAAUAUUACGGGCAACAAAUUAAUCACCGUCCCAAGUUCGGAACCUCCAUUUUCAAAAGCUCUAGACCCGCUGUUGGCUUCUUUCUCUCUUGAGUUUCAAUACUGGCCAAAAUAUGCUGGCAACGCCACGGGUCAUCCAAAUGAAUACGUAAAUCAGCUACUGGCGAAUUUGGGUCAGAGAGUGGGAAAGUCCCCAGCUAUCCGAGUUGGAGGAACUAGUGAGAAUACUGCUUACGUGGACACUUCGUUUCAAUUAUGGAAUUCAAGUCAAAUCCAAGAAGUGUUUGGACCAUUCACUCAGCGUUCUAAUACAUCUAUUGGAAGAGACUGGUACAAGAUUGCAGGGGAUUUGCCUGCCGGGACAGAAUUUACCUUCGGUCUCAAUCUAUACAAUGAAUCCGAAGUUGCCACUCAGACAAAAAUGCUGGCUGAUGCUUUCUAUGGCUCAGGAGCCAACAUUACCAAGAACGUAUCGCUGAAAUUCAUUCAAGUGGGAAAUGAACCGAAUUUUUAUUUUCCGACAGCUGCAGAAUAUGUAGCUCAUUGGAUUCCCCUUGCCGAAACCGUUAUGAAAAACAUUAAAAUGGGUGGUGAAGAAUAUCCAACGUUCUGGAUUGGCUCCGAUGCUUUCGGGUUCGGAGGUUUUACCUUGACAGGAACUCUUGAAGCAGGAAUCCUUGAAAACCAGAAUAUCAACAGCCAGAGCUAUGGCAAGUCAUAUUGGCUGGGAGAAGCCAAUACCUAUGCUGCUGAAGCAAUUUUUGGACAGUCUAACACGGCAGAGUCGGCGAUAUGGACUGUGGACUAUAUGCUACACGCGGCUUCGAUGGGUAUUGAGCGCGUGUACCUCCAUAGCACCCCCAACAGGCUUUUUUCUGUCUUCCAACCUGGGUGGGGAUUUACGAAUGGGACUGGAAUCGAGCGACCGCAUAUCAUGCCGACGUAUAACGGUUUGCUGGUUGUAAAUGAGAUGGUGGGCACAAGCGGAACUUCAAAAAUUGCAGAAAUCGAGAAUGCCAACGAGAACAUUGCUUCUUAUGGAGUGUGGGACCAUGGUAAAUUAGCAAGAUUGGCGGUUAUAAAUUCCGAAGUCUACGACCAGACAACAAUUAAUAGGCCUGCUCUUAACGUCAUCCUCAGCGGUGGUUACAUGGAAAAACACUAA